AUGGAUAGGAUCGUGAAAGAGAUCGAGCUGCAGAUCGUGGAGGAAGACAGCUAUGAAAAAGACGUUCUCUUCUAUGUGGAAUUGGAAACGCCACAUCAGAUCCUGGACGAGCAGCUGAGUCUUCGCCCUUUAUCGGAGUUGUCAGUAGAGGAAGCAAAAGUAGCGGCUUUGGGGAAACCUCGGCUCGGGGAAGUGAUUCGGGCCCAGAUUCGCGUCAAGGAAAGCAAGGAAUUCAAGAACACGGUGGACAAGCUGUUGAAGAGGGCGAAUGCUUCCCUCGUCGUCGGUACCUCCUCCUGGAAGGAACAAUUCGUCGAAGCCGUCACUGUCAACGCCGGGGAGGAGGAUGAUGGUAAAGACGGAGGGAAGGGAGGGGAAGAUGAGGACGAGGACGAAGAUGAGAAGCUUCCAUCUUGUAUGGACUACGUCCUUCAUUUCCUCACGCUCUUCUGGAAGAUCCUCUUCGCCUUCGUCCCACCCACAGGCAAGUUUCCUCGUUUUCUUCGCUUCCAUUCCAGGCAUUUUAUAUCCCGCUCGCUUUUCGCCCAAUUCUGUCACUCUGACUGCAGGUUCCAAGUCUACCGUCUAAUAAUAUUGUAA